GUCAUCAAUUCGGGACGAAGUAAUAAGCCAGGAGAAUUUCGAGACAGAAAACCCGAAAGAAUUUUCAAAAAUGAAUUUUCAAACAAAAACCACGAAUUUUGAAAUUCCUCCCAGUUCAUGUGAUCUUUUAGUGGAGAACCGCCAUGUUAUGAACGUCCUUUCGAUUUAUCAACUUCUUAUUCGUUUUUGGAACACUUUGAGACUUUCUCCAUUCAGGGUUGAAACUUUUUGUUCUGCACUCACAUCUGAAGAGAACACAGUUUUGUUAUCGGACAUUUUUAUUGCUCUAAUAAAAGCAAUUGUGAAAGACGAUGAGCAGAAGGGAAUUGUUUUUGGCCCCAGCGAUGUCCUGCACAAUUAUUCCAUUCUUUUUUACUUGAUGGAUGGACUGACAUACUCUGAAGUUCUGAGAUUUUAUUUAAAUGGAUUGACUGUGCCUGAUUUUGACUCAGCAGAGACAACUCGUCCACUUUCAAGUCCAGCAGCCCCACUUUUGGACAUUGAUUCGAAUUUGGAUCUCCUGCAGAUCUUAAUUGACCAUUUUAUAUCAACUAAUGCGAGAAAUCAGUUGAUGUCUUCUCCCGAAUUAGACCACGAGGAUUUUUGUCGGUCGUGUGGAAAGAUUGGGGAGCUGAUUUGCUGUGAUAGGUGCACUUGUGUUAUGCACUAUGAGUGCAUUCCUGCCGGGAAUAUUCCAGAAAAUGAGCGAGUCUGGGUGUGUACUGUCUGUCAGAAACAUAAUGUUUAG